GUAGGAAUCACACACCUUGUGCAGCUACAGGUAACACACUAGCUCCACUCUCAGUGUUUUCCUCAGUCCCGCUACCUGUUGAGUUCUGCUGUGACAGCGCGUCAUCUGUUGCUGCCAGUCUUACAUAUGAACUUUACUGUUAAACACUAAGAGUGUUUGUGAGUGAUCGAGUGCGGCUCGAAUCCCGUAUAUCACGAUGAUGGAGACAGAACGUCGCCUAAUGGGGGAUGAGACAGUGUACACCGACAUCCCCUACACAACGACGGAUCUGUCACCGUACUCAACAACGUCAACCUACUCCAGCGACACGUCUCACAACAGCAGCUUCUACAACGAGUUCGACUGCUACCAAAAUUCGGACCAAAACAGAAUAUUCUAUCCAGUCCACGAGAGAAAUGACAUUGCUAUGCAUAAUCUGUACGCAGGGUUCACGCCCAGUGCUGCCACAGAUGUCUAUCAACCAAACGCAGUGUGGCACCACCAACAGCAACAAGACGUUUCUGUGCCGUCACAGAUGACACCGGUCACGUCUGUUUUACCGUCCAUGAGUUUUUGCAGAACCCCAAGUCAGACGUCUCCAACAGGGUUGGGGCCGAAUGGUAAACCAAAACGGAAAAGGAUUCAAACGAUGCCUCAACGCAAAGCCGCCAAUGUCCGAGAGAGAAAGAGGAUGUUCCAUCUAAAUGAAGCAUUUGACAGUCUAAGGCUGCGUCUGCCAGCAUUUAACUACGAGAAACGCCUGUCCAGGAUCGAGACUCUGCGGCUAGCCAUCACAUACAUCGGGUUCAUGAAGGAGAUCAUGGAUGGCAAGGAUCCUAAAGACAUUAAGCUGGAGAAGGAGUUUGAUAUCAGCGACAUGGAGAACUUUCAAAUCCCUAGUGUGUCUGCUUCUAGUUCCAAAGAAGGGGAAACAGAUUCAGAAUAGACAUUCAUUCCUCGUUGGAGGAGCGGCAAGUGCAAUUAACAUUAUCUUUGUAAAUUUCAAUUCAAGGUCAGUGCUGUUAUAACUGUGAGUGACCCCUCAUGGUUUAUAUUUCAUUCUAUUUGUGACAUUUUGCAUCUGAAAAAAACACGCGGUCUUCCACGCAGCGAUCUUCCAUUUGAUUGGCUGUUACUGUUUGAUUGACGUUCUGCCUGUCACGUGUGCACUGUUGUUCGCCAUACCAUCUUUCCAGAUCGGUUUGUUGAGAUUAUUUGGUACUACUGUUACACAAACGCUGUCACGUUAAAAGUGGUAACGUUCUUAAAAUCGUUCUUAAGUAAACAUUUCAACAUGGAACAAACGUUGUUUACGUUGAACACUAACGUCUAGAAAUAAUAUAUUCCAGUUCAAAGUCAGAAUCUCAAAUAUGAUUCAGUAAUUUGACCCCUAAAAUUUACGUCUAACUUUUUCCAAAUUUACUGCUCUGAAAACGAGAUUGCCGUUCUCAGUUCGUUUUAGAAUCUUUUGAAGAUUUGAACGGCUACUUGAGAAAUCCGGAAUUUAUAAUCGUUGCACUUGAACAGCCACUUGUGGCGUUUUAUUGAGCCUCGGGCGAUUUUGGUUGUCUAAUAGCUAUCCCAAGUAAAUCAUGUAUUUAAUGCUGAACAAACAAAUACUCUCCGUAUGUUCCAGCAUUUAAACAAACCCACAAAGUGCAAUAUCAUAAGUUUGGUUAUGGCGCCAACAAAAAGUUGGACAUGAUUUAUUUCUAUUUUUGUACUGUUUUAUGAAAAGCCAGUUAUCGUUCGUCAGAAGACCAUGAUAGUAUUUAAUCAUUCAUAUUGCGAGUGUCUUCAGGACAUUCGCCAGUCCAUUGUUAUGUUCAUUUUUGAAUUGUAAAUAAAUCAUUUUAUUACAUAA